AUGAGCUACUCACCUUUGCCAACCGAAAAGAAGAACUCCUCUAACGAGGCUACUCCCCCAUACUCCUCCACCUCCUCCUUCGAGGACUCUGCUCACCCAUUCUACGAGCCAUCCACCAACAAGCGCGCUAAGGGUUGCAAGACCAAGGUUGUCGCCGCCACUGCCGUCAGCGCUCUUGCUUUGUUUGGUGUCUUCUCCAUGGGUAGAAUGUACGAGGGCUACUCCUUCCACAACGCCAUGGUUGCCAUCAAGGAGGACCACCGUGCUCACGGUUUCCACCAUGGUCCACCAGGCGGUCACCCUCACGACGACCCUAAGUGGUGGAUGAAGUUCCACAAGGGUGAAUCCCCUGAGGAGGCCGAGAGAAAGCACAAGGAGUGGUUGGACAAGCACCCCGAGGAGGCUAAGGCUCAGGGUAAGCCACACAACGACAAGUGGUGGAUGAAGUUCCACGAGGGCGAGUCUCCAGAGGAAGCUGAGAAGAAGCACAAAGAGUGGUUGGCCAAGCACCCAGAGGAAGCCAAGGCUCAGGCUGAGAAGGCCAAGGGCAAGGGUAAAGGUAAAGGCAAGGACAACGACUACUGGAUGAAGUACCACAAGGGCGAGUCCAAGGAAGAGGCCGAGAAGAAGCACAAGGAGUGGUUGGCCAAGCACCCUAACGGUGCCACCGACAAGGCCGAGGGCAAGUCCGAGGGUAAGGACGACAAGUGGUGGAUGAAGUUCCAUGAGGGUGAGUCUCCAGAGGAGGCUGAGAAGAAGCACAACGAAUGGUUGGCUAAGCACCCAGAGGAGGCCGCUGCCCAGAAGGGUAAGGACGGUAAGAAGGACGACAAGUGGUGGAUGAAGUUCCACGAGGGCGAGUCCCCUGAGGAGGCCGAGAAGAAGCACAACGAGUGGUUGGCUAAGCACCCAGAGGAGGCCAACGGCAAGAGAGCUGAGGAGGCUGCCAAGGAGUUGAUCUAA